UCUGCACUAGCAAGCAAAAAUCCUACAUCACCAUAUCUUGCCAAAAGCCACCUCCUCUGCGCUCUCUCUCUCUCUCUCUCUCUCUCUCAUACACACAGAGCAAACACAAGUUUUGCUAUCAAUACCCAUUCCAACAAUAUUACAUUUUAUCACCAUUUUUUUUUUGUUUUUUUGGUGACAGUGUUAACAAACUCAAAAGAACCUUUAAAAAAACCGAUUCAAAUUAGCGACAAAUGGGUAACCUCGACUUGGAAUGCCGGCAAAAAGUCACUGUGCCUCCAUCGAAGCCAUUCUUGAGCUCACUGAAAUCAUCUCUGAAGGAGACUUUCUUCCCUGACGAUCCAUUGAGGCAAUUCAAGAACCAACCACCGGGUCGGAAACUGGUACUUGGGUUGCAGUACUUUGUGCCCAUACUGGAAUGGGCUCCUCGAUACACUUUCGACUUCUUCAAGGCUGACGUGGUCGCCGGAAUCACCAUUGCCACCCUCGCUGUUCCUCAGGGCAUCAGUUAUGCCACUUUGGCUAACUUACCACCUAUUAUUGGACUUUAUUCAAGCUUUGUACCACCAUUGGUAUAUGCAAUGUUAGGAAGUUCAAAAGAUUUAGCAGUGGGUACAGUGGCAGUGGCAUCACUUCUGAUAGCUUCAAUGUUAGGGAAGGAAGUUAAUCCCAAUCAGAACCCUAAGCUCUAUGUUCAGUUAGCUCUCACUUCUACUUUCUUUGCUGGACUCUUUCAGGCUACUUUGGGCUUUUUAAGGCUUGGAUUUAUAGUGGACUUUCUGUCACAUGCAACAAUAGUGGGAUUCAUGGGUGGAGCUGCCACAGUUGUGUGUUUGCAGCAGCUUAAAGGGAUUCUAGGGCUUGUUCAUUUCACUCAUGCCACUGAUCUUGUUUCUGUCAUGCAAUCUAUAAUCACCCAAACACACCAGUGGAGAUGGGAAAGUGGAGUAUUGGGCUGUUGUUUCCUCUUCCUUCUUACUCUCACUAGAUAUUUUAGCAAGAGAAGGGCAGCAUUCUUUUGGAUAAAUGCAAUGGCGCCUCUAAUGUCUAUUAUUUUGGGAAGCCUUCUUGUUUAUCUCACCCACGCUGAAAAACAUGGAGUUCAAGUGAUUGGGUAUUUGAAGAAAGGGUUGAAUCCACCAUCGUUGUCUGAGUUGGCUUUUGGAUCAGAGUAUUUAAUGACUACCAUUAAAACUGGCAUCAUCACUGGUGUCAUCGCUCUUGCUGAAGGAAUAGCAGUGGGGAGAAGUUUUGCAAUGUUUAAGAAUUACCAUAUUGAUGGCAACAAAGAGAUGAUUGCCUUUGGUAUGAUGAAUAUUGCUGGUUCCUGCACUUCUUGCUACUUAACCUCAGGACCAUUUUCAAGGACAGCAGUGAAUUUCAACGCAGGAGGCAAGACAGCAGUGUCAAAUAUAGUGAUGGCAACAGCAGUAAUGAUAACACUGUUGUUCCUUACACCACUAUUCUAUUACACUCCGCUUGUUGUGCUUUCCUCCAUUAUUAUUGCAGCCAUGCUUGGCCUCAUCGAUUACGAAGCCGCCAUCCACCUUUGGAAGGUUGACAAGUUCGACUUCGUCGUCUGCAUUAGCUCCUACCUCGGUGUUGUCUUUGGUAGUGUUGAGAUUGGCUUAGUUAUUGCGGUAGUGAUAUCUUUGCUUCGGGUGGUGAUAUUCGUAGCAAGGCCAAGGACUUGUGUUUUGGGAAACAUUCCAAAAACCAUCACUUACAGAAGCAUUGAUCAGUACCCACUUGCUAACAGAGUUGCUGGAAUUCUCAUCCUUCAGAUCGAUGCUCCUAUUUACUUUGCCAACGCAAACUACUUAAGAGAAAGGAUCUCAAGAUGGAUCGAUGACGAGGAAGACAAGCUAAAAUCUUCUGAAAAAAUUGGGUUACAAUAUGUUAUAUUAGAUAUGAGUGCUGUAGGUAGCAUAGACACAAGUGGAAUUAGCGUGCUUGAAGAAGUCAAGAGAAACAUUGAUACAAGAGGUCUCAAGCUUGUACUAGCAAACCCUAGAAGUGAGGUGAUGAAGAAGCUGGACAAGUCAAAGUUCAUCGAAGCGAUUGGUCAAGAGUGGAUCUAUCUGACAGUUGCAGAGGCUGUAGGAGCUUGCAACUUCAUGCUUCACUCAUGCAAGCCAAACUCCAAAGCAGUUGAUGAAUCAACUGAGAAUGAUAACAAUGUAUGAUCAAAGAUCAAUAAAAGGGCUAAUCAGAUGGUUGAAAUUACAAGACAAGGAUGGGUAACUACACUUCUGCUACUGAUAUUAAUUGAAAUUUCAAAGAAUAAUAAUUGGGUUUUUUUUUUUCCCCAAGCUUAUGUAUUUAUGUAGAACUUGAGACUUCUGGAAAGCUGAAAUGCAAUCAUGUUUGAAAUUUUGUGGCACAGUGGUUUUUUGGUGGUAUGUCAGUGGUUAAUCCAUUUGGAACAACAGAAAAUGGGAGAGAAAUGGAAAAAACUAUGUACAAGGGAUUUCCUUUUUCAUUUGAAAAAACAGACAAGGAAAAGAAAAUAUGAAGGGAGAAAAGAAAAUUCUCUUUCAAAGACCCCUUUUCAAGAAAAUAUGAAUUUUGAGUACAAAGAACCUCGUGUCUGAUCACGGGCCUUGUAUGCAAGCAUUGCCACUCGAAUUACUUUGCUGAUAAAUGUGAUGGAACAAAAACUAAGUUGCAAUAAUACAAAAAGGUCCUACACUUCCUCAAUUGCAUACUGGAAAGCAGCAACUUUUCUAGGGGAAUCAUAAUUUUCAGUAUCACAAUCCAUGCCUUUUUCACAACUUGGAUGUAUGGUAAGCAUCUACGCCAAAGAAAAAGAAAAAGGAAAAAAAAAAUCUUGAGUAUAUCAGAUCAGCACGUGGAGAAC